AUGUCUACCACCUCUCUCCUUCGCUCUGCUGCUACGCAGUCUGCUCGCUCACCCCGCCCCGGUCAUCCUCGCAGUCGUGUCAAUUCCAACGGCUUGAAGGGGGAUCACAUGAAUCGGACUCCCAGCAGCGAAAGCCCAACAGCCCGGGAGUUGGCCAAUCCGGUCGUAAAGAUCGCCACCAAGCUAGGGAACCCAACGAGGUCAAGAAACCUAAAGCCACUGAACAGGAUCGCCGCCGGCCAGUCCGACCCUGCUGAGGCAGUCACCAACGAGACCGACGGCGAAGACGAGUACCCCGAGGCUGUUCGGAAGGCCUUCGGAGACAAGUACCACAAUCUCCCGCACGUCACUGGGGAGAUCAUCUCUGGUUUCACACGCGACGAUUGGACGGCGUUGCAGCAGUGGAUCGAGAAGCACGACGAUCUCAAUCGUUUCAAAUUUUGUUAUGACAGCGAGCAGGGGAAUUACAACGAUGUGGUACCGCGGCUUUUGUCCUCCCGGUGGGUCGAACAUGCGCUAGGUGUCUCAGACGAACAGGCGGAGUACGCGUCGAUUCGUAACCCGAGCGGCUCGAAGAAGAUUGCAGAUAUGGUCGAGGCGAUCUUAGUCGGCGAUAAGCUGUACGUCACCCAACUGAACGAAUCGGCCAAGUCGCAGGAGCUUCAUCAUACCAAGGGAAAGGAAGGCGCGCUUCCUAAGCUCGUGGAUUUGGGGGAUGCAACUAAUCGGAACUCGCAAGACAACGCCCGCCAACGGCGACGG